UCAAAGAGUGAGGAGGAAAACUGUAUACGAGAGAGAGCAACCAGAGUAGAAGCAAAAGGAAGAAAAUUAUAUUGCCCUAGACAUUUUCUCGGUGCAAUUCGUCGUCGUUGUCUUCGCUUUUUUCAAAUGUGUGGUGAAAAAUCGGAUUUCGAAUUCCGGAAUUAGCCCGAGAAGAAAACCGUCGGAACAAAGUUAUCCAGGCUGUCGUCGUCAAACGCCCGUCUUGUAGUUUCUAUCAGUGCGUGAGAGUGUUUUCCCGUUUUUACUACCAUCUUCCUCUUUCUCUUUUCGCGGUGUACUUAUGAUGGUGGCGCAGGAAGUGUAAAUUUCUGGCCCAGCACUAGGUAGUUCGGAAUACAACGACAAAGCACAGCAUUUAAACUGGGAAGAUUCACCGUAUUCCUCGCUAAUGUAGCCGGGGUAAUGAAAAUCGGGUGUGAGUUCUACAUAAAGUGCGGCCCGCUAAUGGAGAUAAAAAUCCGUGAACGAGAGCUUGUGUGAAAAAAUUUCUUUUUCCUUUUGCUGGCGAUCAGCAGCAACAUCAGUGGAAGGUGGAGGAGGAAGUAGCUGAAAAUUUCUGACUGACAGUAGAGAAAGACAGCAGCGCGUAGAAAAAAAAGAGUUUGCGGAGCACCCCUUAUUAAACGCUGAAGAGUCGGAACACGGCAAGACAACGAGAAGAAACCCUUAAGAAAAUUGCGAUCUCGAAGAAGAGAACCCAGAAAGCAAGACAAGGCAUAAAGAGAAUUACGUUUUUAUUUUGUACGGUUUUUGGCUCCUUUUCACACAUUAACACGGGUUAGUUGCUUUUGGAAAGUGAGUUUUGUUUCUUGCAUCGAUCUCUAUGUUGGCGUUUCUUCUUGCGUAAAAUUGCAGAAAACUGCAAUUCCAAAUUUUUGGAAUACAACACCAGGUCGUAAAGUGUUUGUGUUGAUGUGGUCAUUUAUGUAAAAUCGUUCCUGAUGUUUGAGUGUGUAUCCACGGGUCGUUCGUCCGUAUGCAGAGAAUAACAACAAUAACAAUAGCGAGAAAACGCUGAACUUCCGGACCUGACAACUCGGACGUCGAUCAUUCGAUCGUAUUCAGCAUUCUUACACGGCGCAAGUAUCGGAGAAAUCCUAGCGACAUUAUCGACAAAUACAUCGGCAGCAGUGGAUAGCAAAAACAAGCCCCUCUGGCCUCGGUUGACGUCAAAUGUACUGCUGGAAAUGAUUAAUACAAAGGACGAAGUCGUAAACUGGUUCAAAGAGUUACAGAGCUACAACCGGAUAGAUACGAUGUGCACCUUGCUCAAUAUGUGCCUUCCAUUCGAGCUGCGCUUCCUGGGAACGUGUCUGGAGGAACUUGGGCGGCGAGAUGCCCAAGAAUUGCGGGGCAUCGAACUGCGGGUGAACAAUCCCCAGGAAUUCAUCUCGGAUAUCGCUUCCUGCCAGGGCGGAGAACCCACGGAUCGGAAGAACCGUCGAAAGAUGGCGAUGUUCCUUGCGCUGAUCCGAGCCUGCAAUCAUACCUGCGUUAAUGAAUUGUUCAAGACGCUCGAAGGUUGGGGCAAUCGGGACUUCGCACGACUCUUUGACGAAGACGUAUUACAGGAGCUGCUGCUGGUAUACACGAUGGCUACCAACCAUCCAGUGUUUUCGUUUGAACAACGCAUGAUAUGUGGUGAUAUUUUCAAAAACUUGAAAAACUGCGAACUGAAAACCAACUCUGGUGCUGGCCACCACCACCAACAGCAACAGGAGACUGAUAGUCUAUCUAAUGCGACACCCCCUCCUACUAGUGCGGGGACGCCAUUGGGGAUGGCACCAUCGUCGGCGCAAACUCAGCCUCCUCAGCCGGGGCAAUCCCAGCAGCAUCCAAUAGCAUCUCAACCACCUCAACAGCAGCCAAUACCGAUGCAAAUUCCAUUGCCACCGCAGCAGGCAGUGCCUCCGCCCAACCAGCAGCAGGUUCCACUUCCGAUCCCGGGUUUUUCGCAGGCACCUAUUGCACAGAUGAUGGCUGGUGAUCACAUGACAGUCGAUGGCCUUCAGCAGAUGCAGAUGCAGAUACCUCAGGACUUCACGAUGCCCCCGCCAACGACUGUGCCGCCCCACUGGGCGCUACGUAAUCCCGUGUUCCAGGUGGGACUAGAUACUUCAUUUCCGCCUCCAUCCUCGUCGCCACAUCUGAGCAAUCCAUCGUCACCGAUCCACAGCCGCACGGCCAGUCCGACGCGAAUCCCGACUAGCAGUGUUCAGCACCGAAUCAGUCGAAAUCAACAACCAACUCCGAGCGAACAGCAGCAACAACGUCAGCAUCACCCUCAGCAUACGCAUCCCCAAGACCACCGGGAUCAGCGGGAAAGUCAGCAGCAAGCGCAGCAGCAGCAGCAGCCGAUAAAAUCAGUUGAUGAGUCAUUACUAUUGGAUCAAACAACAGCUCUGACUCAGCUGCAGCAGCUGCGCAAUGGUUUCAGGCCAAGCCAUAACACGCUGCCCCGCCAAUCGAACAAACAAAGCUAUGUCAAUCAGAUUCAGUACCAUCAUCAACAGCAGCAAGCACAUCAACAACAGCAGCAGUCGAACUUCCACGGUACAAAUCCGGGCUUGGGGUUAGCGUACCCGAUGAAUAAUCUAAGUCUGAUUGAUCUGACGCAAAAAUCCAGCAGUGAUUCUGGCAGUUCGGCAGGAGACAUGUCUCCACCGGAGACUCCUGGAUUGAACACGACACCAUCGAACAACAUCGGGGGAUUGAUCCGGAGUAGGUCGUCGAAUCUGGGCAGGAUUAACGGGCGUCCGGACAAGCAACAGCAAUUAGGUAGUUCUGUGAUAUAUAAUCAGACGGUAGCGCAGCAGCAAGCGGCGGUCCAGUCCCAGCAGCAGGUUCAAACGCAGCCACAGUUCGUCGGCGGUAGUAACGAUAUAAUGGUAACAUCAGCAACACAAAAUUUAAUUAGUAAUAGUAAUAAUAAUAACAAUACUAUGAAUAUUAGCAAUGGAAAUAACAAUAGCGUAGUGUCAAACGCUCUGUUGAUAGGAGCCCCGACGCAAUCGGCCGGAGGUGCGAACCUAGUAUUGGGCUCUCAACCACAGUUCCCAGCUCCCUAUCCACCAUAUCAUACGGCGCAUUUGGCAACGCGGCCUGCUCUCAUUUCGACCCAUGGGGCAACAACCCUUCCGCCGGGUACUGCAUUCCGAUCGCCAGCGGCUGCUUAUCACACGAUGCAACACAAUGGAGAGAUUAUUUAUCCCUAUCCCACACAGGUUGCAACCGUCGGAGGGGGCGCUCCGUUGACCUUUCUACCAACUGCGUCAGCGUCUGUAGUUAGCAGCACUCAGUCCCUGCAAACAAUCCGAUCAGCUGGAACGUCGCAACCACCUCCACAAACACCUCAACAGCAGGUCCAGUCCGUUCAACAGCCCCCGCUAAUACAGCAAAAAGUGCCCACAGCCUACACGCCACCUGCCAUUGUUGCUGCUGUUCCUCUCCCGCAUCCUCCGAGUGCAACGACCCCAACUGGAAUGUACUCCGCCCUGUCAUGCUUCAACUGUGGCUCUCAAAAACAUACAGGUUUAGACUGCCAGGAAGCUUCAAUGGAGGAUGUAACUCGGAAUUCGGUCUACAAACUCGACUACAAUGCAGCUACCGCUCAGCAGCUAGCCGCUGCAAUAGCUGCCGGUGCGAUACCGGGAACAAACCCGGCCAAUGCCAUGGCCCUUGUUGCCGUCGCCGGUGUACCAUCAUCUACAUCACCCCCUUCGUCCGUUUCGGUAGCAUCCCUACCAUUGUCAGCUGUAUCAUCUGCUGCCUCAUCGGCGUCUUCUUCGUCGUCAUCGUCUUCUUCUUCAUCAUCUUCGUCUUCUUCGUCGCUUACAUCCUCGUCAGUCUCGUCUUCAACGACGACUCUGCCACUACCGCCACCACCACAACAACACGGACCCAAUCUUAUUAGCAGUAGUAGUAGUAACAAUAGCUCGCUAGACGCCUCCACAUCUGUAUCAACACAAACAAUAAAUAAUCAAACGGAUAGCAGUAGUAGUAGUACUAUUAGUAAGUGAUCAUCAAUCUAAACUAAUCUUAUAAAAAGAAAGAAAAAAAAAACAUAUUCUAUAAGAAGAAAAACUAAUUAAAAGUAAAUAGUAUACUCUGCAAAAAGAUUAAAAAGUCUAAAAAAGAUAUAGAAAACAAAAAAACACACAUGCCGAAAGAGUCAGUUAGUUAAAACGGGACACAAAAUUAGCAAAAAAAAAACAAAACAAAAAAAAUUGGAACAAUUUUACUAUUAUGGUUAUUACGAACAAAACCGGGAACUGACAGUGUGAUGUUUAGUGAAUGUUUAUUAGUGUUGGCUUUCAGAACGUGCUCCUACCAGCAAAUAUCUGGAAUGAUCGGAUGAAGUUGUAUUCAUACAAGAAAAAAAAAACUAAAAUAAAUACCAUAAAACGGGAACUUAAUCUGUUAGCGCAGGCUUUUGGAAAGAUGUGUGCCAUUUUUUUUACAAAUCUAUUGUAUUUUAACCCUAGACACGCAAGUACGAUGGAUGAAAACACAAUAUACACACACAGUGAGUACGUCAGGACACAGGGUGAACAAAUUCUAAUCGAAUCAUACGUUGCAUGAUGCAGCGCAAGGAAUUUUUGGAAAGACAAUAUGCUUUGUUGAUAGGGGUAGGGGCACGCAUUUGGGAAGGGCAUCUUAUUUAUUAAGACCAAGCAUCAACCACUCUAAGCAGUCGUCAGGUUUUCCUUGUUUUGUGUGUAGGACGAAUCCAAUAACCUUGUACUCAAAAUAUUUAUUUUUUUAUAUAUUUCCCUAUUUUUUGUAUAUUGCCACAUAUUAUAUUAGCAACCUGAGCUUUUUUUUGUUUCGUAAAGUUUUUGAGUUAUUAGGGGUAGCCUACUUAUCAAUUAUUAAGCUGUAAGUACUCUGCUCUGCGGGCAGGUGAAAAUGUAAACAAGAUCACGAUCAACUUUUUAAAUGUUUAUUUAAAUGUAGUUAUGAUCUAAUGUAAUAUUGUGUAAAUGUACUUGUUGAUACGGUUAAGAUA